AUGGCGGGAGUAGACGUCCUACCCGUAGAGAUUAUACUGCAAAUCCUCUCUAGACUUCCGGUCAAAUCCUUACUCCGGUUUACCUGCGUCUCGAAACAAUGGCGAUUUGUCAUAAAGUCCGAUCUAGAAUUUGCCAAAUCCCAAUUUAAACUAGCUUCUGAGCAUAAAACCCUCAAUCGCAGGCUCCUCUGCACUGGCGUCUCCCCUGAGCAGUUCGUUUCUCUAGACUUGAAGAUGCCGGCGUCGUCGUUUGGAGACAAGUCCUUGUAUAGGAAGGUGAAUUUCCCUUUCCUGCAACAAGGUGGUAAGGUGAAACAACUAGGGUCUUGCAACGGAUUGGUAUUUCUAGUACUUGAGGAUGAGUCUAGGAUUAAGUUUUAUGUAUGUAACCCAUCAACUGGAUUCUUCAAGCAAUUACCAUCCCCGGUCUCAGAUGAGGAGGAUGUCGUAACCUAUAGAAUUGGCGUUGGCUAUGUGUCGGCCACUGACGACUACAAAGUUCUAGUAGGAUACCUUGAAAAAGAUCCUGGAGAAGAUCCUGGAGUAGUGGAAGCGAUCCAGAUAUUCUCAUUGAGAGCUCAUUGUUGGAAACGAAUUGAAGAACCUGGGGGGACUGGCGGGGUGUAUGUCAGUCCCUCUAUGGCUCUUUGCAAUGAAACACUUCACUGGCUUAGUUUUGAACGCGAUCAAUUAUUUGCUUUUGAUCUUGCAAAGGAGGAGUUACGGACAAUGCCACUGCCUAAUUUUUCCCAAGAUGGGAUGAAUUUUGGCGAUAUUGGUGUUUCUCAUGAAGGCUGCCUGUGUGUUUUGCGCCAUUGUCUGAGACCUUGUGAUUCUAUUGAUUUCUGGGUGAUGAGAGAGUACGGCGUGCGUGACACUUGGACUAAACAGUUUAGACUGUUUAACUUGAUGCUUUCCGAUCCGCUUGAUAAACCAUGGAAACUAAUUCGAUUCCUGGUGACGGAAAAUAGCACAUUUGGGUGGACUGACUACACGUUGGCAAGGAUUGAUCAUAAAGAAGAAGAGAAGCAUGGCCUGUAUGUGGUUAGGGGAUAUCCGAUUUGCAUUACUGAUUAUGAGGAGAGUCUAGUUUGGAUCAAUGAGUAG